CGUGGAUGCGUGGGAGCCGCACCGAGCACCGGAGCACCGGAGCGCCGGAGCGCCUGCAGCGGGACAUGCCGGGACCUCUUCUGCUUCUUCUUCGAUCCUUAUAGAUUGUUCCAGCUUUGCUUUUUUCCCCCCGCCACCAUGGAGCUCGCACGCGUGAACCUCAAGACGCUGCUGCUGACGAUGAUGAUGUUCAAGUGGGGGACCCUGUGCACGGCCUCGUCCGAGAACUGCCUCUCCGCGCCGUGCCGGAACGGCGCCACCUGUGUGGACACCGCCGACGACUACGCUUGCAUCUGCCCCCUCGAGAGCGUCCGCUACACGGGCAAGAACUGCGAGCAGCUGUACGACGCCUGCGCCUCCGCGCCGUGCCGCAACUGCACCAGCACCCCAGGCGCCGCCGACUACCGCUGCCUCUGCCCGGACGGCUUCGCCGGGGACGACUGCACCGAGGACCUGGACGAGUGCCGGAGCGGGCCGUGCUCGGAGCCCCGCUCCUUCUGCAUCAACCACCCCUACGGAUACUUCUGCCGCUGCCCCGCGGGGCUCGGGGGCCCCGACUGCCAGGAGCCGGUGACCGACUGCGCCGACGAUCCCUGCGAGAACAACGGCACCUGCGUCUGGCAGCCGAACGGCUUCGGGUGCCGCUGCGCCGCCGGGUUCGAGGGGGAGACCUGCGAGCGGGACGUGGACGAGUGCGCGUCGGAGCCGUGCCGGAACGGGGCCAUCUGUGUGGACGCCGUGGCCGGCUUCCGCUGCUUCUGCGUGCCGGGCUUCCAAGGCCGCGACUGCGAGAUCGACAUCAACGAGUGCGCGUCUCACCCGUGUGAGAACAACGCCACGUGCAUCAACGAGAAGGACCGCUACGAGUGCGAGUGUCUGCUGGGGUUUGCAGGGCUGAACUGUGAGACGGAGGUGGAUGAGUGUGAGUCCCAGCCCUGCCUCAACGGCGCCACCUGCCAGGAUCUCUCUGGUUCCUACGGCUGCAUCUGCAGGCCGGGCUUCAUCGGCACCGACUGUGAGGAGGAUGUGGACGAGUGUCUCAGCGGGCCCUGUCUGAACGGAGGGACCUGCAGGGACCUGGAGGACAGCUAUGAGUGUGACUGUGGGGAGACAGGGUUCGGAGGGGAACACUGUGAGCUGGACAUCCCAGAAUGUGCCUCGGACCCCUGCCAGCACGGGGCCACCUGCCUGGAGGGGCUCGGGGGCUACGCCUGCCUCUGCUGGCCAGGCUACGAGGGCCCCCACUGCGAGGUGGACGUGGACGAGUGCGAGUCGGGCCCCUGCCAGAACGGGGGGACCUGCCUCCAGCUCUCGGACCCAGACCUCCCGCACCGGGACCCGGACCUCCACCCAGACCUCCACCCGGACCCGGGGCCCUGGUCCUAUGCAGCGGCGGCGGGCUACGUGUGCCGGUGCCGGCCCGGCUACGUGGGGCGGGACUGUGAGGAGGACGUGGACGAGUGCCAGUCUGGGCCGUGUGGGAACGGGGGGACGUGCAAGGACCUGGUGGACGGAUGGACCUGCAGCUGUCCUGCUGGGUUCCUAGGCGACCGUUGCCAGGACGACCUAGACGAGUGCGCCUCCCAGCCCUGCCAGAACGGCGGGCGCUGCCGCGACGGCCCCGCCUCCUACAGCUGCGUGUGCCCUGAGGCCGCGCCCCUAGGCCAGCCCCCCUGGGGCGGGGCCACCUGCGCCGUCCCCCUGCGCGGCUGCCUGGACCACCGCUGCCAGAACGGCGCCACCUGCCUCCCGUGGCUCCGUGACGACGAUGACGUGCACGGGCACACGUGCGUGUGCCUACCCGGUUUCCACGACGACCAGUGCUCCACGCCCACCACCUUCUCCCUCGCCGGCGCAGGCUUCCUCCACCUCCACGUUCCCAUCCACCUCCAUUUUAAAACCCAGCUCCGCUUCCGGACCACAUUACCCAGCAUGCUCCUCUUCUUCCGCGGGGACGCUGUUAGCCACCUCCUUUUGGAAAUAAUGGACGGCGAGCUCCAGGCUAAAGCCUUGUCACAGAACUACAAUCUAGUUGUAGUUCUUCCUGUCCCUGUCAGUGACGGACACUGGAGGGAGGUGCAAGUGCUUCUGGGAAAUGAAGUCCUGAUCCUGAUUCUCAAAGGCCCCGAUUGUGGGGGAGACAGCUGUCGGGCGGAAGAUUCCGGAGGGGGGUUGGAGUCUUCAGAGGAGGAGGAGGGGCUGGCUGACAUCUACGUGGGCGGCGCCCCGCCGGAGCUUCUUCUUCUCUCCCGGAGCAGGGAGGGGUUCACCGGCUGCAUGGAGGACUUGCUGGUGGACUCGGAGGCGGUGCUGCCCCACCUGAUGGAGGGGGCGGAGCUGGGGUGCAGCAAGACGGACUGGUGCGGGGCGGCGCCCUGCGGGAGGCGGGGCCGCUGUGUGGAUCUGUGGACGGGGUUCAGGUGCGACUGUGAUCGGCCGUUCCACGGAGAGAGAUGCUCCGAGGAAUUCCCGGCGUGGACCUACAGCCACGAAGCCUCCACCAGCUUCAGCUCCUACGACGUCUCCACCAAUCACGGCCCCCGCUUCCACCUCUCCUUCCUGCUCACCACCCUGAAGCCCGACGGGCUCCUCCUCCAGCUGCGCCGCCCGCCCCCCAUCUCCCGUGUCUACCUCUCCGUCUUCCUCCGAUCGGGCCGCCUGGCCCUGGUCGCCCCCGGCAACCCGCCGCUGACGGCGCCGCCCCUCCUGGCCGACGGCCGGCACCACCUGGUCCUGCUGGGGGUGGAGCCGGGGGGGCGGGGAGUGACCCUGGAGGAGGCGGGGCUCCGCUACGAGCUGGGCGGCAGGCUCCUCCCGCCCGAGGACGGGGCGGAGCUGGCGGUGGAGGGCGCCGACGAGGCCUACGUGGGCGGGCUGCCCGAAGGCUGGGACGCCGCGGAGUGGGGUGGGCACUUCAAGGGCUGCCUGCAGGACCUGCGAUUGGAUGGGGUGCGCCUGGAGGUGGGGGGGCGGGGCGAGGAGGGGGGCGGGGAGGGGGGCGGGGUUUACCUGGCCACCGACGCCGAGAACGUGGAGGAGGGCUGCGUCAGCGACGACACCUGCAAGAUUGAACCGUGUCAGAACGGAGGCGAAUGCGCCGUCACCUUCAACGACUUCACCUGCACCUGCCCGCCGGAGUACGUGGGGAAGACCUGCGAGACGCGGGUGUGGUGCGUCAACGAGCCCUGCGCCGACGGCGGCUUGUGCGUGGACCUCCCCGACGGAUACGAGUGCCUCUACAACGCCACCUUCCGGCGCGCCCCGGUCCAUUACAGCUCCGGCGGUUUUCCCAGCUCCGUCUCCCACGUUUCCCUGGAGCUCCGGACCCGCGCGGCCGACGGCGUGCUCCUGGCGGCGGGGCGCAGCUCCGACUCCGUCACGGUGGCCCUGCGGGACUCCACGCUCCGCGUUCAGAUUGGGGCGGCCCUCACGCUCCGCGGGAGCCGCCGCGUCUCCGACGGCGCCUGGCACCGCGUCGACGUCGCCAUGGCGACGGAACGGAAGCGCAAGGCUGCGGCGGCGGCGUGGACCGUGGCCGUGGACGGCGUGGCCGACGCCGGCAGCUGGCCCGAGCGGGCCGGCGCCCCGGCCUUCCCCGACCACGUCACGCUCGGGGACGGAUUCGUGGGCUGCCUCGGCGCGGUCCGCGUGGGUGGGGUCUACCUGCCGUUCCGGGAGGAGGGCGACGCCCCCCCGCAGCGGGCCAGGUUCCGGAUCACCGCCGGCGGCGAGGAGCUCCGGCUCGGCUGCGUGGAAGACUGCGCGGCGGCGCCGUGUCUCCGCGGGGCCUGCGUGGAUCUACCCGGCGACGGCGGCGGCUUCGAGUGCCGCUGCGAGCCGGGUUUUGCCGGCGAGCGCUGCGGGGAGGACGUGGACGAGUGCCGGGGACACGCGUGUCUGCACGGCGGGACGUGCAUCGACGGGGAGAACAGCUACAGCUGCGAGUGUCCCGGGGGCUUCGCCGGACCCCGCUGCCAGUGGGACUUCCCCCCCAUCCGCUGCCGGACGGACGUGCGCUGCCUGAAUGACGGAGUCUGCAGGGACGGACCGUGGGGGGCCAACUGCACGUGCUCACCGGGUUUCCACGGAGACAGGUGUGAGACGGAGACCAACGAGUGUGAGUCGGACCCCUGCCAGAACGGCGGCUCCUGCCUGGACCGCUUCAACAUGUUCGUGUGCGAGUGUCCGCCGGGCUUCAGCGGCCCGGCCUGCCAGCUAAACAAGCUGGCCUACCGGCAGGCCGGACCCUGGCUCCUGGUGGCCGUGCCGCUGCUCGGCCUCGGCCUGCUGGCGCUGCUCCUCCUCCUGGCUGUCACCGCGGCGACGGCGCGCAGCAAGCGCCAGUCGGAGGGCGCCUACAGCCCCAGCGUGCAGGAGCUGGCCGGCGCGCGGCUGGAGAUGGACCGCAUGCUCAAGGUGCCGCCGGAGGAGCGGCUCAUCUGAGACCCCGCCCACCCCACCAACCAAGCCCCGCCCACCAAUCAAGCCCCCCCCCCCAACCUGUGUACAUAGUUUGUACAUAUGUAGUUGUAAAUGGUACAUGCAGGCGUGUUGUGAUGUCAUACUUUUGAGAAUCCCCCCCCCCCCCCUUAAAACAGGGGAAAAGAAAGAAAGAGAAAAAGAAAUCAUGGAUGGAUGGAUGGAUGGAUGGAUGGAUGGAUGGAUGGAUGGAUGGAUGGAUGGAUGGAUGGAUGGAUGGAUGGAUGGAUGGAUGGAUGGAUGGAUGGAUGGAUGGAUGGAUGGAUGGAUGGAUGGAUGGAUGGAUGGAUGGAUGGAUGGAUGGAUGGAUGGAUGGAUGGAUGGUUUCCCAACAAAAGGUCUACGGUGGAAUUACAAGCGGUCCGUGAUAAUGAAGUGUAUAUAUUUAAAAAAAAAAAGAUCCUCUGAUAUUUAUAGAAAUAGAUGAAUAUUUUACUCAGAUGUGACGGAGACAAAAGGGUCACAUGACUUACUUUUACUCUUUAAGUGUCUUUUGUUUUAUUUUGAUAAGAAAUCUUGCACGCGUUUGCAUUGUUGAAGGUACUGCACCACACUGUUAAUACAUCCUUUUCAAAAUAAGAGCCUUCUAGUGUUUCUGUGGGAAUAUUAACCCUUCAUUUCUUUAAAAUGCUUUUAUUUUGAAAUAUUGCAGGAAGCUGUUGAUACACACUUUGAAAAUAAGAGCCCCCUAGCGUUUCAGUGGGCUUACACACCCUUCAUUCCUUUAAUAUGCUUUUAUUGUGAAAUACUUGCAGGCAGCUGUUGCGAAAUACGAUACGAAAUUUCAAAAUAAAUUGAAAUAAAUAAAUUUCAAAAUAAGAGCCCCCUAGCAUUUCAUUGGGCAUAAACAUCCUUCAUUUUAUUUAAAAUGCUUUUAUUUUGAAAUAUUUGCCUCGCUGCCGUUGGGCAGCACUACGGUCGCCAUGGAAACCGUUGCAAUAAUACCUCCAUCUGAUGUGAAAACGUACUUGUACUUGUUCAUGUUGUGCUGAUAUUGUGUUGAGGACAAUAAAGUGAAAAAGGGAUCUGAACCGCGAGACUUUUAUUUUCCAGAGGAAGGAGUUCCGGU